AUGACUUCGAACGUCUUCCAGAUCAACGAUAGGGCCGCGCAUGACGAAGUAGUCUCUCAGUCAAAAGAGCAUCCUACCGUUAUCAACGUCUCCAACUCCUCGCUGCCCAUCUGCAAGAAGUUCACCUUGGACUACUCCUCCUUGGCCGAAAGAUGGCAACCAAAGGGAAUCAAGUUCGCCCAGCUCGAGUUCUCCCGGGAUACCAGCAUGCUGUUCAAGUUCUCGCCUAAUCAACUGCCAGUAACGGUCCUGAGGGUUGGAGACAGAUGGUGUAAGACCGUCAUGGGCGCGAAUAUAAAGGGCCUUGAAGAUGCUCUCGGCGAGUUGUUGAGGGAGUCGAACCGGUCGUGA